CUCAGUGGAGGAGAGGGUUUCAAAAUCCAGCUGUAGCUCAAAGUGAUCGCCUCCUUGGGCAUAUCCAUCUAAGAGGAUUGUGCCCUUUUCCCCCUCGUAUCACUUUUUUUGUUGUUCUGAAACUGUAGGAUUUUUCUUAUCUGCACUCAGGUUUGGAAUAUAGUGAUUGUUCUGCUGAAAACAACUGAAGUUGUUUAGAUGACUGAAGCACCUGCCUAUGACUAAUUUGCGUUUUUUUGUACUGAGGUGAUCUGUGUGUCCUGACAAACAUGACACAGCUUAAGUAAUUUCUUUUUGGUCUACUGGAAUGGUUUCAUUUUGCCAUUCAAGGGAUUCUUGCUGACAGCGUGGUAGGAAUCCAGGAGUAAACUCUAAGGAGAAAUCAUGAGCUGGACUCAUUACAAAUGCUAAACUUCUGUCUGCUUGGAGCUACGCCAUCUGAGGAAUCCAAUCAAGAGAUGACCACUGUGUCAAUGGAGCCCAUAGUGGCGAUGGUGGAGAAGGUUUCCAACGUCACUGAGCUUCCAGUAGAAGCUUCUACUAAAGACAUGGCUGCCACCUUCACCAUUGGCACCAUCCUGUCCCUAAUGUGUCUGGUGGGUGUGUCUGGAAAUAUCUACACGCUCGUGGUCAUGUGCCACUCCAUGCGCUCGGCAGCCUCUAUGUACAUCUACAUCAUCAACCUGGCACUAGCUGAUCUGCUUUACUUACUCACGAUUCCAUUUGUGGUGUGCACGCAUUUCCUGAAGGGCUGGUAUUUUGGAGAUGCCGGAUGUCGGAUCCUCAUCAGCAUGGACUUCCUUACAAUGCAUGCAAGCAUUUUCACCCUUACUGUCAUGAGCACAGAACGUUAUUUUGCUGUCCUCAAACCUCUGGAUACAGUCAAACGCUCGAAGAGUUACAGAAAAGCAAUCGCUCUCUUGGUGUGGACGGCCUCACUGAUUCUCACCUUACCCAUGAUUAUCAGCGUCCAGCUGAUGACGGAAAGCUCCAAGCCAAUGUGUCAACCCACUCUGAGCCCUCUCUCAUAUAAAAUCUACAUCUCCUUUCUCUUUGGCACCAGUAUUGUAGCUCCAGGGGUGAUAAUCGGGUACCUAUACACACGCCUGGCACGAACCUACUGGAUUUCCCAAACUGAGACUUUCAAGCAGACCAAGAAGCUCCCAAACCAGAAGGUCUUGUAUCUUAUCUUCACUAUUGUGCUUCUGUUCUGGGCCUGCUUUCUGCCUUUCUGGAUCUGGCAGCUUCUAGGUCAGUUUAAGCCCGAGCUGGAUCUCUCCACCAAGGCCAAGCGAAACAUUAACUAUCUGACCACCUGUCUGACCUACAGUAACAGCUGCAUCAAUCCAUUCCUCUACACCCUGCUGACCAAGAACUACAAGGAGUACCUCCGUAAAAGACAGAGGACGUGGACAGCUGGCAGCUACCUCAACCGACGGAGUCGCUUCCAGCGGUCGCCGCGUCGCUCCUUGUCCUCCAGCAGUCAGCAUUGCACCGAUAGCUUUGUGCUCGCUCAAACCUCUAGCAUCAACAACAGUAGCCUCUAAGAGAUGGACGACUGUCUGAUGCAAAACAAGAGCAAAGCAAGCCAAGAUGGCUGGUAUCUCCCUCCUCCGAACAAAAGAGGGAGACCAAAGUAGGAGCAGAGCAGGCAAGAGAAGAAAAACAAGUCAUGAGGAGGCGAAGAAGGCGAAAUCUGUUUCUCUCAUAUUUACGAAAGAGUCUUGCUCUUUUUGAUCUCAUGGGAUGCAUUUGACAUGAAGCUAUUCUACUUCAUUUGACUUUAAUGAUUUAAUGAUCUUCAUUUUAGGGUACUAAGUGGCAAUGCAGCCAUGGAAAAUCUGUUAGAACACUGCGGGAAGGACUCCAUCCAUAUGGACGAUGGUGAAAUGCCGCAUUUUAUUGUUGUUUGUUUUACACAAAAGAUAAACAGAAAAGUACUGCCCAAAAUCUGUAUGUUUCUUUGUUGUGUUGAAUCUGCUGAAUGCCUUUUCUGUUUUUGUACAGAGAGCUCAAAUAUACUUGUUAACACAUUGUUUAAAAUAUUUAACAAUUUGCAUUAAGGAUGCACUGGCUAUCAUACACUGAUGAUAAAUAUAAACACUUAAUCCAGGUUAAUUCUAAUUUAAUUAUAAAAAUACUGAUAAAUAGUUGCAAAACGAAGUAUUAAAAUAUGUACACGUUUAACACUAAAAUUAAUAAAUGCUGUAAAAAAUAUUGUUCAUUGUUAGUUUCAUGAUAGCAAUGCAUUAACUAAAGUGUUACCAUAUUCUUAAUGUCCGUGUUGUAUUUUAUGGUAAAUUUAAAUGGGCAGAUGAUUUGUUGUAAAUAUUACAGUUAUGUUAUUUACAUUUUUGCCUACAGUUUUGUUUACACAAAAGCUAAUGGCAAUCAAAGAUCAAGUGAAGUACUAAAAUAUGUAUUAAAUGAAAUAUAAAAGAAUACAUAAAUAAAAAUAAUAAUAUUAAUAAUAAAAAAAGGCUCCAAGGUUGCAUAUCAUACCUCAAGGAAGAAUAAGUUGGUUCCAAUUACUAAAACAGUACACUUUUUUACUUCUGUGUAACAAGUUAAUUUAUUUCUAAUACAAACUUUCUUAGUGACAUGAUUAUAGAGGAUUUAGUGUGCAAAUACAAACAACCAGAGGCAAUUAAAAAAUGCAAAGCAGGAAUGCAAAAACUGUUAUUUAAAAAAAAUGUUUGGCUGAGGUCUACACAGAUACUUAAACAAUAUUAUUCUUUGUGUCUUUGUUUGGUAGCACUUUAUUUUACAGUCCUGUUCCUCAUGUACAUACUAUGUACUUAUUAUAGUAAUUACAAUAACUAUGUAAUAACUAGGUACUAACCCUGAACCUACCCCUAAACCUAACCCCACCCCAUGUAGUUACCUUGUGUUACCAG